AUGGCCCCUGGAAAUGGACGUGAUUUCAACUGCUCCUGGGAGCAGUGUGGAAAAUCCUUCAAUCGCAAAUCGGAUCUCUGCAGACACUUCCGGAUCCACACCAACGAGCGACCGUACCACUGUACGGUCAAAGACUGCAACAAGAGUUUCAUCCAGCGGAGUGCCCUGACGGUGCAUUCGCGGACGCACACAGGGGAAAAGCCUCAUGUCUGUGACCACCGAGGAUGUCAGAAGGCCUUUUCUGACUCGUCCAGUCUAGCCCGGCAUCGCCGGAUCCAUACGGGCCGGCGGCCAUAUAUCUGCCAUGAGCCGACGUGUGAGCGCAGCUUCUGUCGCAAGACGACGUUAACGAAGCACCAAAACCGCUCCCACCCGCGGCGGUCGAUGACGCGACUGCCCUCGGAGGACUUGAUGUCGGAACACUCCUACCAAGCGCCCGUCGCUGUCACGAUUGCACAUGAUCAGUAUUUUCUGGCCCAGCAACCCUUCUACCCUCAUACCUCGACACCAACGCAUGAGUUCUAUUCGCAGAUCCCCCCCGUCCACCAACCCCCGCCAGUCCAGCAGCAACCCCUUGUGACGCACCACAUCCCGGUCACGUCGCCGGUCAGCGUCCCGCAGCACAUGCCGGUCACGUCGCCGGUGGACAUCCAGCAUCACAUUGUGCCCUCGCCGAUCGAGCUGCAGCGGGCGCAGCAGCAAUACAUGCAGCUCGUGCAGCAGCGAUAUGAUCCCACGCGGCAGGGGUAUCUACCGCCGGAGUUCCAGCAUAACUAUGCGGGGGUGUCCACCGGCGGGGGGCAGCCGAUGAUGCUCGCGUACGACCACGAUAUCAAACCACCGACUCGGGUGCUGGACCAACCCGAGGGGACGGACUGGCGGUUCCUGGGGAUAGGCUAGACGGGGAUGCGGAGGGACCUGCUCCGACGGCAGCAUAUAUGCAUUCAGACGCAUCGGGCCAGCGCCAUGCGAAUUUCGACAGGGAAAUGUUUCAGACUAGGAGUUUAACGAGAGAGUGAAUUUUGUGUGAUGCCCCAUCAUGACUGUCAUUUACGAGCCCCCUUCCCCUUUGCCCACCUAAUUUGCGUCAUCUCAUGCCCACGGCGUCUCUUGCCGGUUGUGCUACUCUUUUUUUCUUUUUUUUUUCUUUUUUUUUUUCGCCA